UUUUAUUUAAGCUAGUUAGCUACCGGAUCAAUCUGAAUGUGCUCACUGUCUAAUUAAGAGGUUACUUAAGCAUACAGUUUCCCAGGUCGUGGUAUACUUUGGCAGACUUUAAAUCAUAAGCAAGACCUCUAACCGAUUUUCCGCUGAGCGACGAUAACGAUCCUCCAAGGGGAGAUUAGCUAGUUAGCUAGUCUCCCGGUAACUGGCGUUAGCUAACGUUAGUUAGCUGGCUAAUAACAACAAGGCUCUGGAGCUGUCUGGAGGCAGAAAUUCUGGAAUAUGGAGUCCAGUGACAUGAUUGAAGUCACCGUGAAGACUCUGGACUCUCAGAGCAGGAGCUACAAAGUUAGAGGCGAGCUGACAGUGAAGCAGUUCAAGGAGCACAUAGCAUCAUCAGUGGAGAUCCCAGUAGACAAGCAGAGGCUUAUCUACCAAGGCAGAGUGCUACAGGAUGACAGAACGCUGACUGAAUACAAUGUAGAUGGGAAGGUAAUUCACCUGGUGGAGCGUGCCCCACCUCAGGCCACCAUACCCGGUUCUGCGGGUGUAGGUGCUUCCACCGGGGGGGUAGAGGGUGGAAGCAGCAGCCAUGCCUCCACCUCCUCCCAGGGUGCACCACAUGAUCGCAAUGGCAACAGUUACGUGAUGCUGGGGACCUUCAACCUGCCUGUUAACAUCAUGGACCCUCAGCAGAUACAGAUGUCUGUUCAGCAGAUGAUGGCUGGAGUUGGUGAAGUUGGAAGGAAUGCCAGGGUCAGCACCAGCUCUGAGAACAAUGGCUCGGUGGAUGUGCAGAUCAACUUGGACCAGUCAAUGCAGAGUGAGCCCAGGAUGAGGUUGCAGCUGGCUGAGAACCUGCUCAGAGACACUUGCUCUCUGAUCCACAGGUUGGAGGGAGUGUCCAGUGACAGUAGCUCCCAUUCACAGCCAGAGGUACCUCAGUCCUCUUCUUCUCUGCCGCCAUCUUCCUCCUCUCUUAGAGGGGCUGAAGCAUCACAACCCAUGGACACCAGCUCUCCUCCUGCUCCAUCAUCCUCCACCUCCACCCAGACUGAGGGACCAGCCAACAGUGGGCCCAAUCAUCCAAGUCCAGCAGAGUUUGUGGAGGUUCUCUCUGAGGUGAGGAGGGUGGAGGAGAGGUUACGUCCCUACAUAGAGAGGACCCACUCGAUUCUCGGAGCAGCCACCUCAGCAGACUACAACAACAACACCCAGGAAAGAGAGGAGGAUCAGCGCAUUCUCAACCUGGUCGGAGAUGCCCUGCGUCUACUUGGCAACACCUUAGUUGUCCUAGGUGACCUACGUUGUAACCUAGCGACCUCUCCUCCACGUCACCUGUAUGUGGUUCGCCCCAUGGCCCACUACACCCAACCGGUCCUCUUCCAGGCUGGUCUACCACACAUGCCCAUUCCAAUAAACUUAGGGACAACAGUGACAAUGACAUCUAAUGGGAGACAGGUAGCUGAAGGACAGCGACAGCCCUCUCAGAGUGCUGGCCAAUCAGAUCAGCUGGCGGCAGGCCAGACUCCGGCUCUUCAGCCAAAUGGGACCACUCAUCAACAAGGACAGGGAGGACCCCGAGUGAUCCGGAUCACACACCAGACCAUGGAGCCUGUAGUCAUGAUGCAGAUGAACAUUGAUGGUGAGUCAGCUGCUGGGUCUCAGGUUCCAGGACAGCCAAACGCUGCAGGGCCUGGACAGCCUGGAGUGACACCUGUUCACUUCCCAGGGCUGCCCCCUGAGUUCAUGCAGGCCAUCAUGCACCAGAUCUCCCACCAAGCCGCUGCCAUGGCCGCCGCAGCAUCAGCGAACCACUCGGCACAGAUGGCGUCCGGCCCUGGCUCGACACCCAAUGCUGAGGGAGCUGCUCCCCCACAGCCCCCCCACCCUGCUCAAGCCAGGGUUGUCAUCACCAGACCAUCCUUCUCCCCCCGCAUCCCUCAGCCUGUGGGAACCAGAGGAACCACCAUCAACCUGAGAGCCACAGUACCCACAGCAGGCCAGCAGCCAGGACAGGGCACACCUCUGGCUCCAUCCUCUCUCACCCAGAUGAUCAGUGGUCUGGUUGGACAGCUCCUGAUGCCAGGUCAGUCAGGUGAUCCCAUGUCCACCUCCUCUUCAACCAGCUCUCGGUCCUCCUUCUCUACCUCUUCCUCAUCUGAUUCCUCCACCAUAUCUCCUCCCCCUCCCUCUGCCAACACCUCUGGACAAACAUCCACCCACACCACCAGUACUACCUCCAUGGGCCAGCCAGUGGAAGGCAGUCCUGAGGGAAAUCUGGCCCAGCUCCUGGGCUCUCUGCUGGGAGGAGCCACUGUGCCAGGGGGUCCCGGCGCUGGACCAGCUCCCUCUGUCACUGUGACACUGCCAGGAGUGCCCAGCUUUUUCCAGGGAAUGUCAGACUUCACACCCCCACCUGUCAGUGACCACGGGUCUCCGGUCCCCCCUCAGUCCGCCGGUCCUACCCCAUCUCAAGCCAGCAGCGGUACAGGUGGAGACUCGCUGAGCACAGAGCUGUUCACCGGCAUCGUGCAGGGAGUCCUGUCCACCAUGAUGAGCUCUCUAGGGCCACAGCAGGGCAGUGGCGAGAGCAUCGCCCAGUUCAUCCAGAGACUGUCCCAGACCAGCAACUUGUUCACGCCUGGCUCUGGAGAUGCCGUGGGGUUCUUUGGUGACCUGCUGUCCCUGGUGUGUCAGAGCUUCUCCAUGGUGGACAUGGUGCUGUUGCUUCAUGGGAACGCCCAGCCUCUGAGCCGCAUCCAGCCCCAACUCACUGACUUCUUCACUGAACACUACCUCCAGGGCAGAGAGCCCACUGAAGCUAACAUAGCAACAGCAGCUGAGGACCUCAUCAACGGACUGGAGGAGUACAUAGCUGAGAGCUUUGCUACAGUGACAGUGCGAGAGGGAGUGGACAUCGUCCAGACCAACCUGUCUUUCCUCAGACAGCAGUUCACACAGAUGGCUUCUCACAUCCUGCACUGCAACAAUCACACGUUUGGUCCUCGUCUGCUGUUGCUGUGCACUCAGGGCCUGUUUGAGUGUCUGGCUCUAAACCUGUACAGCCUCGGCGGAGAACAGAGAGCUCUGACUGCAGUCAUCAACCACCGCAUUAGGAGGAUGUCUGCAGAAGUCAAUCCCAGUCUGGUCAACUGGCUGACCAGUAUGAUGUCUAUGAGGCUGCAUGUGAUUCUGGAACACAACCCAGUUACUGAGGACCAAAUCCAGCACUACGUCAUCUACACAGAGGGGCAGAUGAACCAGAGGAUAGGGACUGAGGUUGAACCACCAUCAGAGAGUCUGAAUGCAGAGAUGGAGGAGAGUUUGUCUCCAGCUCCAGCCACCACAGCAGAGGAGGCCAUGGCUUCAUCAGGUGACCAUGGAGAGAGGGGAAUGUCUCCUGGAGACAACACUGCCUUAUCAGGGGACAUUCAGUGUCCUGCUGGAGCCCCAACAAGACGGGAGGAGGGGGCCCCUGAAGUGGAGCAAUGGGCGGCAGCUGUUCCACCUGAAUGGGUUCCCAUCAUCAGACAUGACAUGCUGUCUCAGAGGAAGAUCAAAGCCCAGCCGCCGCUGUCUGACGCCUACCUGCACGGGAUGCCCGCCAAGAGGAGGAAGACGACCCAGUGUGAUGGACCACACCUGUCCCUGUCAGACGCAGUGAGUCGAGCUGCUCGCGCUGCAGGAGUCCUGCCUGUCACCGCUCCAAACAGCCUGCAGGUGGAGCUGGAGAGGCCAGCGCUGCAGGAAGCGUAUGCCAAACAGGUAAAGAGCGACAUCAAAGAGCGAGUGAAAGACGAUCCAGACUACAACGCCCAGAGGUUCCCCAACACACACCGAGCUUUCUCUGCAGAGGACUCCUAAUCAUCCAUGGCCCUGUGCCACAGAGGAGCGAGCUCAGGUCCAGAACAGGACCUGCACACACUCCCUGCAGCGUGGAACUCUGGUUCAUGUAGUGUUUUAACAUCCCAUUGUAAACACGGCCUGAACGGACGACAGCUUUAGCACUGAAGGAUUCAUUCAUUCCCAUCAGAGUGUGACACCACCUGCUCUACUUCGGUUAGAAUUGAAAAACCUCUAUGGCACAUGGUUUUAGUAACUGUGAGCUACUUAAGUCACCCCACGCUAAAACAUUCCCUCGGCUCUCAGACACCUCUGAAGUGUCUGAGUGCUAAACAUUGAAUAUAAAACAAGAUCGGACAACAGCAGGUCUGGACUGGGCCACAGGACAGAAAGUUCUGGAUUAAGAACUACACUCUUGUGAAGGUCUGAAGCAGUCUGAGCAUCAUAGCUUGAGGUACCACCGAGUAUAAAGGCCGCUUAGGAAAUGAAGAAUAGACAAUCCAGUUGUAAUGUUUUGAGAAAAAGAUGAAAUGAUUUGAAGAGAAAACAUUAUUAUGAGAAUAAAUGUUACGAGAAAUAGUUGUACUAUCAGAAUAAAGUUAUACCACAAGAAAAAAGAUGAAGCAUUAUGGGAAUAAAGUCAUAAUGCUGCAAAGAAAAAAGUUGAUAUUAUGAGAACAAAGUAAAGUAGCAAAGAAAAAGUCAUAAGAUAAACCUGAAAUUUUAUGAGGAAAAUUUUUCAAGAAUAAAGUCAUGAUAUUCUGAGAAAAAUCUUGAUUGUGCGUCGCAGUAAACAGUGACAAAAAAAACAAGUGUUAAAACUCAUCUUUUACCCAGUCGUAUAUGGACUCGAAAAUGCUAAAACAUUCACAUGCAGUGUGUUUAUAUGGCAUUUGAUGUUCUUUGCAACCUUUUUCUUGAUAUACCAUGACUAUAUGCUCAGAUUUUUGCUUUUUCUUGUAAAAUAAUGGCUUUAUUUUUAUUUCAAGAUAACUUUUUUCUCUAAAUAUUAUGACUUAGCCCUUGAAUGUCAUAUAUUUGUCUCCUACCAGUGGUCCUGAUGAUCCAUGUUACUGAGCAGUUCCAUCAUGUUGCAAACGUAGUUGCAUUAUAUAUCUGUAUAAGGCAAAACUGUAAAUGAGUGCAAAUUGUACAUAGUAAAUAGGCAGUGAUGUCAUGUCAUAGAGCUUUGUCAGUAUCAACUAGGUAACCAGUGUCACCUGGCGUGGUGUCUUGGCAUCAGAUUUUUGUUUUUUAGCAUCAUUCAUCAUAAUGAAACAGAUGAUCAGUUCAUGUUUGUAUUGUUUGUACUGUGGUGAUGGCAGAAGAGUGUGACGCUGCAGUCAGUAGAGGUUUGUCAAACUGUGAAUGGUUACUGUGUGCUUGUUAACAUCACUGAAAUAAAAUCAUCA